GGACAAGCCCCGCUGGACACACACCAGUCCACACCUUCUUCUUCCUCCUCCUCUUCAUCGUCCAAGUAGUUCGCUCUGUAGUCGUCGAGAAAACCCCUCAAACUCAAUGCGCCUCGUUUGUUUGUCCACGGGAAUCAUCGCCAGCCCCGUUCUCUGAAGGCAUCCGCGGUUUGGAGAGCGACACUCCUUUCUGACAGGUGUUCGGCUGGACACACACACACACACACACACACACACACACGGCACGGAGGGAGAAAAUCAUGUCCAACGGGAAAGACACACCUGGGACCGCCAACUCCACACAGACUUCCUUACGGACAUGCCUCGAGGAAUGCAUGGAGGCCUUGGAUCUGUUUCUCAACAACCACUUCAACGAGAGUCUGGACAAACUGCAGCCACGGUCUAAAGAGAGCAUGUAUCAUGCUCUGAUCUAUGCGACAGUGUUAGAGAUGCAGGCCAUGAUGACCUUCCAACAUGAGGACCUCGUCAGCGCUGGAAAUACGAUGAAGAGCGCUCAGGAGGUGUGCCAGAGGUUUCGUAAGAGGUCUGGUAGUCUGGCAAGCAGAGCAGCAGGAGAUGAGCUCACUGAAGAGGAGCUCCAUGCUGAGGCGUGUUAUGCUGAGUGCUUGCUACAACGAGCCGCUCUCACGUUUUUACAGGAUGAAAACAUGGUGAGUUUCAUCAAAGGAGGAAUCAAAGUACGCAACAGCUACCUCAUAUACAAGGAGCUCCACUCCUUUUUUAGGUCUCACAGCUCUUUUAAAGGGCCAAACCACAAGCACCUGGAAGGAGGGGUAGCGUUUGGAAUCGGUGCUUUCAACUUGACACUUUCUCUGUUCCCUCCCCGGAUACUCAAAGUUUUGGAGUUUGCAGGCUUUUCUGGGGAUAAGGAAUAUGGACUUUCUCAGCUGUACGAAGGGGCCACAUCCCAUAACCUGCGCUCUAUGCUGUGUGCUCUGCUGCUGCUUUGCUACUACACCUUCCUCUGUUUUAUUUUAGGGACAGGAGAGGGGGAUGUAGCUGACGCUGAGAAACUGCUGAAGCCUUUUCGGCUACGGUAUCCACGUGGGGCUAUUUUCCUGUUCUUUGCAGGCAGAGUGGAGGAGAUAAAAGGCAAUGUUGACGAGGCAGUGGCGCUGUUUGAGGACGGCUGCAAGGCACAGCAGGCCUGGAAACAGUUCCACCACAUGUGCUACUGGGAGCUGAUGUGGUGCUUCACCUACAAGAGGCACUGGAAGAUGGCCUACUUCUACGCCGACCUGCUCAGCCAGGAGAGCCGCUGGUCCAAGGCUAUGUAUGUGUACAUGAAGGCUGCUUAUCUCAGUAUGCUGCCUGAGGGGGAGGCGAGGCCAUUUGGAGAGGAUGAGGUGGAGCUCUUCAGACAGGUGCCAACCUUCAAACAGAAGAUAGCAGGGAAGUCUCCGCCCACAGAGAAGUUUGCCAUCCGCAAAGCUCGACGGUACAGAGCCAGCAACCCCGUGCGACUCUCCGUACCCGUGCUUGAGAUGAUGUAUAUGUGGAAUGGGUUCUCAAUGAUCAGCAAGCGUCCAGAGCUGACGGAAGGCAUUCUGGAAACACUGCUGGAGGCAGAGCGCACCCUGCAGGCUGCACCAGACAAUGAGUACACACUGGAUGACCGCUGCUUGAUUCUGCUGCUGAAGGGUUUGUGUCUGAAGAACCAGGGCCGUAUGCAGCCUGCUGAGGAGUGCUUCAACAAAGUUUACAGCAGUGAGAAGAAGCUGAAGUUUGACCACUACCUGAUUCCUAACUCUCUGCUGGAGCUGGGCCUGCUCUAUGUUGACACAGGGAGGAGGGAGCAAGCCAUCAAACUACUGCAAAAAGCCAAGAAUAACUACAAGGAAUACUCGAUGGAGUCCCGCACUCAGUUCAGAAUCCAUGCAGCCUUGUCCAAACUGAAGGCUGACACAAGCGACCAGGAAGAAAUAACAGUCCUGUAACAGCCCAGCUGAAGUGCCUCGUUUAGGACUGACCCUUUCAGUCAACUAGCAAACCAAAGUGACUCAUCUUCCGCAAUGUUUCAUCCCUCAGUACUGCCCUGCAAGGUUAUUUAUAAACAGGCCUGGCCCAACUCAACCCACCUUGGGGGGGGCAUCACGAGGGACACCAUACUUGUAGCCUACUAACACAUGUUGAGUAUAUUUUAGGGUAAAAGGUUAGAGACAAGUAAUAGAAGAGCCACCUGUGAGUUGGACCUUAAACAUUCAAAAGAGUAUUAAAUGGUAGAACAUCUGCCUGAUGCUGCAGUCAGUAUGUUUGGAAAGGAGUUAUUUUAUGGCCUUUUCAAAUUGCAGUUUUUUGUUUGGUUUAGGUGGAUGAAGUCUGCCAUCUUACUAGCCAUUUUUCACAAAAUAUUUGUUUUCUCCACAGCAUAUUGAUGGGUGUUAGGUAACAUAAAAAAAUUUUUGUGACAAAAAG